UUCUUUCAUCGUUCCAUGUUUUGUAAAACGAAAUUAUAGUUUUUGAUAAGUUGUCCCCUAGUAAAGACAAAAUGGCUUCAAGAGCUAGAGCUCUCAAUCUCGCCCUCCAAACUUACAGAAGAUUCUACUCUGCUAAGGCUGCGGCAGGAAGUCACGGUGAGUCUGCAAGUACAUGGAAAAAAGCUUUUAUCUUUGGUGGAGUUCCAACUGUAAUCUUGGUGUACUACAAUGCUUUUUAUCUGAUGCCACAACAUCCUGAGAGGCCAGAAUUUGUAGCCUACCCCCAUUUACGCAUAAGGAACAAGGGUUUUCCUUGGGGAGAUGGAGAACAUUCAUUAUUCCACAACAAAUACUACAAUGCAACUACUCAAGGUUACGAUGAGGGAUCAGAGGAGCUACACCCAGGAAAACACCACCACUAAUUUGUUAAAGUUGCUGAUACCUGUGGAUGGUUGUAAUCUUUAGAUGUAUUUCCAUUUAGAAAAUUAUGAAUAAACUAAUUUUUUUUUGUA